AUGCAUCAUUGCAUGUUUGAGACUAUCCUGACCAAGGACGAGUUGGCGGGGCUAUCCUGCUGCCCAGAUGUCGAGGCUCGCGUCGUGACGGGAGGGAGAUACGUCGACAACGCAGGCAAAGACUGGGAAGUGGAGCACGGCCCGUUCGAAGAGAAGAUGUUUUCCAACCUUGGCGAGACGCACUGGACUCUGCUGGUGAACGAGGUCAACCGGCACGUGCCUGAGGUGUCGGACUUACUGAUGAAGUUUCAGUUCAUUCCGUCGUGGCGGGUGGAUGACGUCAUGGUCAGCUACGCCCCCAAGGGCGGCUCGGUUGGGCCGCACUUGGACAACUACGACGUCUUCCUUCUUCAGGGCGCCGGCAAGCGACUCUGGUCCAUCGAGGACUCAUUCACUUCGGGCGAGGAGGAAGAGGAGCGGUUAGUCAAAGACAUCGACAUCAGAGUACUGGCGGAGUUCAAGAAGUCUGAGGGAUGGGUACUCGAACCCGGAGACGCGCUGUACCUUCCCCCAAGACUCGCCCACUACGGCGUUAGCCAAGACGAGGAGUGCAUGACGUACUCAGUUGGAUUUCGGGCUCCGUCGGUUCGAGACCUCGUAUCGUUUUUCGGCGAACACGUGGGCUCGACUGCGACAAAACCGGACGAUUUUUUCCAAGACCCUAACCUCAAGAGACAAGAGAGUCACGGUUUGAUAUCGAGAGAGGCGGUGUCUAAGGCCAAGGGGUUGGUACGGGAAGCUUUGUUGGCGGCGCUCGAUGAUGACGUCGCGUUCGACAGGUGGUUCGGCGCUCAGGUCACCAGGUCGCGACGAGACCACUCUGGCUACCCGGUGCCAAUGGACGACGAACAAGGCCUGUCCUUUGGCUACCAACUCCCCAAGGACGUGACGGCCGCUGUGAAAAGGGCGUUCCACAAGGAGUCUGAAUCGGGGGGUGGGGCGGGGAGCGGGGACGGGUUGGGGCCGUUCGUGUACCACGCGGAGGGGCUGACGUUUGCCUUUGUCGAGCACGAGGGGCCGGGACAAGGUGCUACUCUCUUCGUAGACGGCACCGACUUCCCUGUGCCGCAAGAGAUGGCUUUCGCGGCGGCGUUGGUGUGCGACUUUCCGCGCUUGUCACCGCGGGAGCUGGGGCCGGCGCUGGUGGGGGAGCAGGGCGAGGGGGUGGAGACUCUGCUGCACUCGCUCUUGAAAGAGGGUUACCUUUACCCUGCAGACGAUUGAUGAUCUGGUGUUCCUUGUACCAAUAGACUCCAACGUGUGUUUUCUUUUGUUGUGACGUGUCUCUCUUUGUUUUGUUUUUCGGGAUAGCCACAUAGCGGCAUCGCUGGCCGAACGAGAUCUUCGGUGGCUGCUU